AUGGCUCCCAACACGAAACCCAUUGUUUCUGUCAAUCAGCUCUUCCGAGAGAGGUUGCGCCAGUACCCCGACCUGGAGAUUUUAGGCAUUCCGGAUAAAUCGUUUAAGUACACGAAAUAUACGUUGGCACAGCUCGACGCAUAUGCCUCCCUGUUCGCCCAUCAUCUCGCAGACACUAGGCUUCUGGUUCCUCGCGCCAAGGGCGAUAGCACUACACAACUCACCGUAGGCAUACUCGGCGUGAGCAACUUGGACUAUGUUGUCACGGAAUUCGCGCUGUUCCGCAUGGGAUACUGCGUCUUGUUCAUCUCUCCAAACAACUCGCCACCUGCCAUUGCGCACCUCAUCAAGACGACGAAGUCUUGCGCUGUAAUCGCGCAGGAUGGUUAUGCCCCCGCGGUUGAAGCCGCGCUCACCCACCUCGAUGAUCCAUCCUCGGUCAAGAUCAUAAGCCAACCAGUGUCUGACGUUUACGGGCCCGGCGCGCAAAAGGCACACCCGGAGAAGAUAAAGUGGGACCCCAUUCUGGACCCCGAGGAGGAGAUAAGGAUGCCGGUGACGAUCAUACACUCCAGUGGCUCGACCGGGUACCCGAAGCCCAUCUUCGCGACUAAUCUCGCCUCCGUUUCUAACUCAGCGAAGAACUUCAAUAUGACGAGUCUGUCUACCCUUCCGCUGUACCACGGCCACGGACACUGCAAUCUCCACCGAGCCAUCUACUCCGCGAAGCCGGUCUAUCUCUUCCCCACGGGAUCCAUACCCCUCACUUCAGCUAACAUCAUUAAGCUGCUCGCGCAGGCAUCGGACGUGGAGGCGCUAUACGGGGUUCCGUAUGCGCUGAAGCUCAUGGCGGAGACGAAGGAAGGUAUGGAAGUGAUGAAGAGCCUCAAGCUUGUCACGUUUGGCGGAAGUGCGUGUUCGGACGAGCUGGGCGACCUGCUUGUGAAACAGGGAGUGAGGCUCGUUGGGCAUUAUGGGCUUACUGAGAUGGGCCAGCUUAUGACGUCUCAGCGCGAUUUCGAGACUGACAAGGGCUGGAACUGGGUACGCGCCCGUGGGCCGUUCGCGAAGGGGAACGUCGCGGACUACCUUAAGUUCGUCCCUGUCGGGCAUGACACGUACGAGCUUUACGUGCUGGACGGGUGGCACGCCAAAGUUAUGACGAAUCAGCCAGAUGGCUCGUACGCCUCGCGCGACCUCUUCAUCAAGCACCCUACCAUCCCUGAUGCUUACAAGUUCAUCGGGCGCAUAGAUGACACUCUUGUAAUGGUCAAUGGGGAGAAGACCAACCCCGUCCCCAUGGAACUCACCCUUCGCUCUUCUCCCUACAUCGCCGAAGCUAUCAUCUUUGGUUCAGGACGUACACAAACUGGAGCCCUGCUCGUGCCCACCGAGGCUGGCGCCUCCCUUUCUCCAACAGAAUACUUAGAGGCCAUUACGCCCAUCCUGGCCCGCGUAAACGCCGAAGCGCCGAGUCACUCGCAGCUCGCGGCGGAGGCUCUUGUUGUCCUACCCUUCGGCACGGCGAUUCCUAAGGCAGACAAGGGUAGCAUCCUGCGUCCGAAGGUAUAUUUGGAGUUCGCGAAUGUGAUCGAGGAGACGUAUGCGCGCCUUGAAGGAGAGAGCGACAAGGGCGGGAGGAAGAUGGGGAGUGUGAAUGAGGCGAAGCAGGUUAUCAGGGAGCUGAUGGGCAAGACGAUCGAGAAACCGAUUGAUAAGCUCACGGAUGAUACGGAUCUGUUUGAGUUUGGGUUGGACUCUUUGCAGUCUUCCAGAGUGCGAAAUGCGAUCCAGAGGGAAAUUGACCUCGGAGGACAAAGGCUUUCUACCAAUGCCGUGUUCGAGCAUCCCUCCAUCACGAAGUUGGCAAAGCUUGUGGUCACCCUUUCCGAAGGCAAGAGUGCCGAGCAGAUCAGCACUCAACAAAUCAUGCUUGAGCUCGUCGAAAAGUACAGGCACUUCAAUGUGCCCACUCAGGUUGAGGACGGAGCGUCCAAUGGGACGACCAAUGGCACCUCGUCGCGGGUCGUUGUGCUUACCGGCGCUACUGGCUCAUUAGGCGCCUACUUGCUCGAUGAGCUGUUGGCAGACUCAACAGUUGCGACUGUAUACUGCUUGUGUCGCGCAAAGGACGAUGCAGAUGCCAGGCGGCGGGUCAUCGAUUCGUUGAAGACGAGGAAGUUGUCUCGUCAUAUCGACACCGCGGGCGAACGGAUCGUUGCGUUCUCGUCCGACUUUGCUAGCGACAGACUUGGGUUGUCUCGGGAGGCAUACGAGGAGAUAUUGAGACGAGUGACUUUGGUCCUUCACAACGCUUGGGCAGUCAACUUCAAUCUUGGAAUAUCCAGUUUCGAGAACAACAUCCGAGGAGCAGUAAACUUGAUGCAGCUUGCGCUCUCCUCAUCACGGCCAAUCCCUGCGGACUUCUACUUUGCGUCGUCCGUCAGCGCCGUCGCAUCCUGGCCCGGCCCCAGUGCGGUCCCCGAGGCCAUCAUGAUGGACCCAUCUGUUGCGCAGGGUAUGGGAUACGCUCAAUCGAAGUGGGUGACAGAGAAGCUUUGCGAAAUCGCUUCUGAGACGACGCCACUCGAUGCCCGAGUCCUACGUAUUGGUCAGAUGGUCGGUGAUACCAACAACGGUGUCUGGAAUGAGACCGAGGCGAUCUCUCUCAUUAUCAAGUGCGCCGACACAAUAGGUCUCCUACCUGACCUCGACGAAUCAGUCUCCUGGCUCCCCGUGGACUACGCUGCGAAGUCGAUCCUCGACAUCAUCAGUUGGUCACACAAAACCUCGGAUGACCUCGUCUACCACGUCCUCCAUUAUCAGCUCGUCAAGUGGUCAUCCAUCCUCACGUCGCUACAUCACUCUGGCCUCAAGUUCAAGAUCGUGCCGCGGCAUGAAUGGCUCGCCGCGCUGCGCGCGAGCCCCGAUGACGAGGUGGCGAACCCGAGUCGCAAGCUGCUGGUGUUCUACGAGAAUAAGUAUGGGAAGGCGGAGGUGGCCACGCGGUACCCGCUCACGACGGACAAGACGCGGGAGGCGAGCAAGAGUUUGAGGGAGGCGCCGGUUGCUGAUGAUGUGCUUGUAGCGAAGUGGGUGCAGGCUUGGAGGGAUGGUGGGUUUUUGCGAUAG